AUUUGUGGUAACAAGAAAGAGGUGCUGGAGCGAGUGCGUGUUGGAGGAUCAUGGCGGCGCAGGCCAAGAAGGACGAGCUCACUUGGAUGCACGUUAUUGUCAGAGUUUUCCUUAAUUCCACUACACACCCCAUUGAAUAUGCCAAAGUUCUCAUCCAGCUGGGUCAUGAACCAUUGGAACCAUACAAGUCAAGAACGAUCUUUGGGCGAGAAGCAUUCUAUUAUCCCAGUGUCUUCAGUUACAUUUCUUACAUUAAGAAACGUGAUGGAUUCACCGGAUGCUACCGUGGGCUGACUCCAAAAUUGGCAGCCAACAUUGUGAGUGGUGUGGCCUUUCAGAGAGUCACAGAAAGUAUUAAGUUUAAGGAACUUGAUGGUGAUAUCAAUGUUGAAGAAUUGACAGUUAAGGAGCGAACUCAGCGGUUCCUUCAGAAUACCACCCGGGAAUCGGCUGGUAGAGCAGCAGCUAUUCUUGCCUCUCAGCCUUUCCACGUCAUAGCUGUGCGCUGCAUGGCAGAAUUUGUGGGUGAGGAUGGACAAUAUACAGGUGUGUUUACUGCUGUGGGGAUCAUCUAUAGAGAACAAGGAAUAAAAGGCUUUUUCUGUGGCUUGAUUCCACGUCUCCUUUGUGACCUGGCAGCAUUGUGGCUCGGCAAGACUCUUGCCCAUGUGAUUAACAACUAUCUGGUGGAGGAUAAGGAUCUUAAGCAAUAUGUGUCUGCAUCAAUGAAUUUCCUGGCUUCUGCAAUGACCUAUCCACUCCAGGUGGUGUCAAACUGUAUGGCUGUGUCAGGCAGUGGAUUGGUUGCUGGUUCACCACCAAAUAUGCCCAUCUUCAAUGGUUGGUUAGACUGUUACCGUCAUUUGCGGCAAGUUCGAGGAUUGAAGAGAGGAUCUUCUAUGUUAUGGCGUGCUUAUACUGGUCCCACAAUUAUGCUUGAUGGCAGUCUCAGUAUUCCUUCGUCAAAUAUGUUCGCAGCACCUUUAUUAUCUUAGCUCUCUUUUAUUUUGGGUUAUUAUUAGAAUGAUUCUUAAAAUUGUCAUGAUACAAUUGAUACAUCAGGGUAUUUAUUUCAAAUAGUUGAUGAUAAUGCCUGCAAAAAGAAGGUAAGUGUUCUAACUCAUGCCAGUAAAGAGACUGGUGUUUACCAGGUGAACCUGAAAUAACUUUCAUAAAUUUUUCUUUGAAAAAGAACUCUUUCAUUACUGUUAACUUUAGUUUGUACAUAUUUUGUAAGAGUUUUGCCCAAAAUUUAAGAAUGUGUUCAGGUGUUUUUCAUAAAUUAGCAUUUUUGCAUAAAUUACCAUUGCUUUGAUUUUGUAACUUGUAAUGAUUUCAGGCAACAUAAGUGUUUCUACUGUGGUAAAGCAUAAAACUUUUCUACUCGAUACUAUGAUGUCACUAUUUAGUAAUGUAGGAAACUGUUAUCUGAAGUUUAUCUCAGUGUAUCCAAGCUAUUGAUACCUUAAAUGAUACUAAUAACUGCCAUGUCUCUAAGAGUUCUUAUUGCUUUUCUUUUGAGUAGUACUGAUCGAGAUCAAGUAACAUGUAUGUAUUCCUGUAACCCAAGGAGUACUAGCAUCCUUGUGAUUCGUGAUAUUUGUGUCUGUUCUUGCCAUUGCUCUCCAUUGCUCUUCUCCCCAUUCAUCUUAUCGUAUGAGUACAGUGUUUUGUAUAUCAUGAUCAUGUCUUCCCUUGUUCUUUCCUCUAAGAUCAUUAGGUUUGAUUACUAUAGUCUGUUUAGGCAUGGCGUCUGUGCUGGUGCAGCAUAUUCUUACGAUGUCGGAUAUAUUUUGGGUGUAGUGUGUAAUUAUGUACCUAUUUGUAGCUACAGGAGCAGAACAUGCUUAUGUCCUGUCUUCAGGGUUUAACCUGUUGUACAUUUUUUAUUGAAGGUCUUGUGGUUAUAGCACUUAUGCUGCUUGUAACUCAUUCCAUUGUUCUAUCACUGUGGAAGUAUUUUGUAUCUGUUUUGGCAUCACUUGUCUAUUGACAAAUACACCAUCUUGUACUUCCUAUUAGUGCUACUAAAUUUUCUUUAUUUUUAUACCUCUUUGCAUGUGUAAUUACAUUAUAAUUUUGUUUAUUCACCUUUUUUUCUGUUUAUUGUGUGUGUGCACUGGCAGUACCCUUUUUUAAAUUAAAUGGAAAGUGUGCCAACUCUUGGUUCCGUCUCUUAACUUUUCUUUUUUUAUAAAAUUUGAUUAGAUGUCAUGGGUAGGAAAUUUCAAAUAGAUAUAUUGCUAAUCAUUGGCAGUAUAAUUGUCAGUGCAUUUUGUGGCCAGUUAAUCCAUUGAGAAAAAUAAACUCACAGAGAAUAGUUUUCAGGAACAUUCAUUCAGAAAAGUCUGUGUUAGAAGGCAGUACUGAAGCUGCUGCUGUGAAUAUUAGAAAGCAUUAUUGAAGUUUUUUUUUUAUUUUUUAGAAAAUUAUAUGGUAUAAUUGAAAUUUUAGUUUCUACUGUUAGAGUGAAUGUAUUGAUGUGUAUCAAGUACUCAUGGCUUUAUUUGUCUAAAACUUCAUUGUAUUUGAAAAACUGGGCUCUGCUUUUUAUUUUUUCUUUACUGUUGCCAUUUGAUGUAAUAUGAGUUAGAACAUAUGAAUUCUAAUUUAACACCUUAAUCUUUUACCUUAGUCUCAGGUAUGUGGAAUAUGUUAUAUCAAACACCUCUAUUAAUACUGUAUUUUUUUUUUUUUUUUUUUUUUUUUUUUUUUUUUUUUUUUUUUUU